CUUUGACAGCAGCUGGUCUUGGUGAUGGUGUUUUUGCCUUUGGAGAUUUUGCCUUAGGAGUAGCUGGUUUAGGGGUGGCAGCCUUUGGAGUUGCAGCCUUGGGAGUUGCAGGCUUGGGGGUGGCGGCCUUGGGAGUUUCAGCCUUGGGUGAUUUUGCCUUUGGAGUUGCAGGCUUGGGAGUGGCAGCCUUUGGAGUUGCAGGCUUAGGGGUAGCAGCCUUGGGAGUUUCAGUCUUGGGUGAUUUUGCCCUUGGGGUGGCAGCCUUUGGAGUUGCUGGUUUAGGGGUGGCAGCCUUAGGUGUUUCAGCCUUGGGUGAUUUUGGCCUUGGGGUGGCAGGCUUUGGAGUUGCUGGUUUAGGGGUAACAGCCUUUGGAGUUGCUGGUUUAGGAGUGGCAGCCUUUGGAGUUGCAGGUUUAGGAGUGGCAGCCUUUGGAGUUGCAGGUUUAGGGGUGACAGCCUUGGGUGAUUUUGCCCUUGGGGUGGUAGCCUUUGGAGUUGGAGGCUUAGGAGUAGCAGCCUUAGGGGUGGUAGCUUUGGGGGAUGACUUUGCUUUUUCUGAGCUAGGUGUCUUGGCAUUUGGUGUGGUAGAGACAGGUGGUUUGACCUGCAAACAGAAAGGUCACGUUGAGUUGUUUUGCUAGAAUCUUAAACAUGAAAUGUAUCACUUAACUAUGGAUACAAACAUUUUACAAUUCAUA